AUGGGUAGCUUUGAGGAUUGUCGGCAGCAGAGAAGGCCGAAGCCAUGGGUUGAGACUCCGCUGAUUGAGUCGCCUUCCAUGUCGCGGAUGGCGGGCUGUCGCAUCUUUCUCAAACUUGAAAAUCUCCAACCCAGCGGUUCGUUCAAGUCAAGAGCCAUCGGCAAUCUUGUCCUGUCCUACGCUUCAGACCCAGCAAACCAAGGAAAGCAGCUUCAUUUCUUUAUUUCAUCCGCCGGUAAUGCAGGCCUCGCGGCUGCUACGGCGGCCAGUGCACUCUCGUACCCAUGCACGGUCUGUGUGCCAACCAGCACGAAACCCGUCAUGGUCAACAAACUACAGGAAGCCGGCGCCACAGUCGCGCAACAUGGUGCAAAUCUCGAUGAAGCAUCGAUCGAGAUGAGAGCCAUCAUGGACUCACUUCGGGGAAGGCCAGCAGAGAACGGCGAUGCUAAGCCGGUCGUCCCGAUCGCGUUACAUCCGUUUGACCACGAGAAGAUCUGGGAGGGUGUUAGUACAAUGGUCGAUGAACUCGCGUACCAGAUGCCUCCGCGCGAGCACGAGAUGGGAAUUGGAGAAUUUGAAGACGAAGUCCUCCCCAUCGAUGGGAUCAUCUGCAGCGUCGGCGGUGGCGGACUCAUGAACGGCAUCAUCCAGGGCAUCGAGCGCCAAGAACAAAUGUACGGCAAAGCCAGGGCCGGCUCCACAUACAGCAACUCCGCCGAGACAGGAAAGGAUAUCCACAUCAUCGCAACGGAGACACAUGGUGCCGAUGCCCUGGCCCAGGCAGUCGCCAAACGUUCACUGGUCUCGCUGCCGGGCAUAACAUCGCUUGCUACGUCCCUAGGGGCCAUCCGCGUUGCUCAACGAACUCUAGAUAAUGCCCUGUACCCGCCGGCCGGGGUCAAGGUGCACACGUUGGUUCUACAAGACGCAGAUGCUGCAAAGGGUGUAUUGAGAUUGGCCGAGGAGCAGAAACUGCUGGUUGAACUGGCCUGCGGCUUAUGCGUUGAAGCAGCGCUUGGCCCAACACCGUGGACCCGCAAGAGCCCAGAGAAGCGCGUGAAUGGUGCCCAUAAGGCCGUCAAUAAUAACCUGAACGAUUACGGCACCGAAGCAACGGACGUUCAAUCGUAUCUUAGCCGAUUGAUCCCCAACUUUGGCCCCGAUACUCGUGUCGUCAUUGUCGUAUGUGGAGGAAGCAAUGUCUCAUUGCAGAUGGCAGGGGAAUGGCGGCAGAAACUCGAUGAGGGAUGGGGGGCUGAAAAUGGCAUUCUUGCAUGACAGAGCUUUACCCAGGUGACCGCUGUAUGAUUUAAUGCACUACUGUCCAAUGUGGCUAUGUUUACUACCUGUUUUGAUAUUCUGGCGAUGGGAUGUAAGGCGUUUUCGAGGGUGGGAAGAAUUCUAACUUAACGAUACGUUGAUUUUUGGCAUUGUACCCAACGGGCGUCAUAGAUUAGACAGUGCUUGCGGAUCAAAAGAUUGCUCGUCG